AUGAACAACGGUGGUGAACAAUACUCUGCUAUUGAGACACAGUACAUAAGAAGACAUCACAAACAUGAUUUAAGAGACAAUCAGUGUUCCUCUGCACUUGUUAAACACAUCAAAGCCCCUGUUCAUCUUGUUUGGUCUCUGGUUAGAAGAUUUGAUCAGCCACAGAAAUAUAAACCAUUUGUUAGCAGGUGUAUUAUGCAAGGUGAUCUUGGCAUUGGAAGUGUUAGAGAAGUGAAUGUUAAAUCUGGUCUUCCAGCUACAACUAGUACUGAGAGGUUGGAACAGCUUGAUGAUGAAGAACAUAUUCUUGGUAUCAGGAUUGUUGGUGGUGAUCAUAGGCUCAGGAACUAUUCUUCUGUAAUCACUGUCCAUCCGGAGGUUAUUGAUGGAAGACCAGGUACAAUGGUGAUUGAAUCAUUCGUCGUGGAUGUGCCUGAAGGAAACACGAGAGAUGAAACGUGUUACUUUGUAGAGGCGUUGAUCAGGUGCAACUUGAGUUCUUUAGCUGAUGUCUCGGAGAGGAUGGCCGUGCAGGGUCGAACUGAUCCUAUCAAUGUUAAUCAAUAA